AACAAUGACCAAGAUUCAGUUAUGAUUUUUUGUAAAUAAAAAUUUUCUUAAUUUUUUUUACAAAAAAAAAAUUAAAAAUUCUAAAAUAUGAAUCUAAAUAAAACAUUAUUUAUGAAAUAUGGUACAUUAAUAUUGAUUACAUUACAAACAACUGUAUUGGUUUUAACAUUAAGAUAUUCAAGGAAAACAUCUAGUCCAAAUGAAGCUUAUAUCAAUAGUACAGCUGUUUUAUUAUCCGAAUUUGUUAAAUUUUUCAUCUGUAUAGUUGUGAUAAUUUAUUCAGAAUCUAUUGGCGGCUUAUAUUAUAUAUUGAAAGAUGAAAUAUUUGGUAAACCAAAAGAAUUCUCAAAGAUUUUAGUACCAGCAUUUCUAUACACUGUACAGAAUAAUCUUUUAUUUCUUGCUUUAACCAAUUUGGAUGCAGCUACCUAUCAAGUCACUUAUCAAUUUAAAAUCAUUACAACGGCAUUAUUCUCACGUUUAAUAUUGCAUAAAGAUCUUUCCAGUCGUCAAUGGUUUUCACUUUUUCUAUUAAUGUUUGGUGUUAUUUUUGUACAAUGGCCCAAUGAUAAUCGACAACGAUCAUCAUCAUCUAUUCAAAUGAACGAAAAUAGAUUAAUUGGUUUAUUUGCUAUAAUUAUAUCAUCAUUAUCAAGUGGAUUUUCGGGUGUUUAUUUUGAAAAAUUAAUCAAAAUUUCAAAAGCACAAUCAUUAUGGAUUAGAAAUUUACAAUUAGCAUUAUUAAGCUGUAUGUUUUCAUCAUUCACAAUCAUUUUGAAUGAUUUGGAUGAAAUGAAUAUAAAAGGAUUUUUCUAUGGCUAUAAUUCAUUAACCUUUAUGGUAAUUGGACUACAAGCAUUUGGUGGAAUUUGUGUUUCAUUAGUAAUGAAAUAUGCUGAUAAUAUAUUAAAAGGAUUUGCUACAACCAUAUCGAUAAUAUUAUCAUCAUUAUGUAGCCAUUUUAUUUUCAAUGAUUUUUCACCAUCAUUAAAUUUUUUAAUUGGUGCUUCAUUGGUUGUCCUUUCUACUAUGAUGUAUUCAUUACCAAUGAGUUCGGGUAAAUCAACAUUAAUCAAAUAUUUAGCAUUAUUGACUGGUCGUUUAGAACCACCUGAUAUAAUGUCCAUACAAAUUAGUGAUCAAAUCGAUACAAAAUAUUUACUCGGUUCUUAUAUUACAUCAGAAAUUCCUGGUGAAUUUGUUUUUAAUUUUGGUCCUCUGCUAAAAGCCAUACGUGAUGGUAAUUGGAUUAUAUUUGAAGAUAUUGAUUCAGCAUCAUCAGAAUUAAUUUCAUCAUUAGUUUCAAUUAUUGAAUCACGAAACAAUGGAAAUAUUAUUGGUUAUGAAGAUAAAAUCGAUAGAUUUAAUAAUAAUUUUCGAAUAUUUUUUACAAAAACUCUACAAAAAUCUGAUUCAAUUCAAAGUGUUAAUUUUACAAUGUUGGAAAAAAUUUGCUAUAAAGUUUGUUUGGAAAAUUUUACAAAAAAUCAAAUUACCGAUCUGAUACAGAAAAAAUGGCCAAAUUUAAAUAUUUUAUUACCAAGAAUUUUAGAAGUUUAUGAAAAUUUAAUGAAUUUUCAAUCAGAAACAAAACCAAAACGUUUAAUAUGGGUUCGUGAUUUAUUAAAAUGGUGUAAUCGUUUGUCAAAAUAUUUUAUGAAAAUUCAAUCCGAAGAAAUAUCAAAAUUUGCCUAUCUUGAUGCUAUGGAUUGUUUUACAAUGUUUACUUCGAAUCGUUUGAAACAACAGAUUGCCUAUACAAUUGGUUCAUGUUUUAAUUUAUCGAAAAAUGAUUGUGAACAUUUAAUUCAACAACGUAAUCCAAAAAUAAUUAAAAAUAUAAAUCAAAUAACCAUUGGUCGUCAAUCAAUUGAAAUUGAUUCAAAAUUUUCACAAAAUAUUUCUGAUUUUGCAUUCACAUUAAACACUACACAAUUAUUAGAACGUUUAUUGGCUGGUGUUUCGAAUCAAGAACCAAUUUUAUUAUGUGGUGAAACUGGUGUUGGAAAAACAUCAACUAUACAAUAUUUAUCAAAUAUUUGUGGACAUCGAUUAAACAUUAUUAAUAUGAAUCAACAAAGUAGUAGUUUAGAAUUGUUUGGUGGAUAUAAACCAGUUGAUUUUAAUAGUAUGAUUAUUUCAAUUAAAGAAGAAUAUUGUAAAUUAUUUGAUCAAACAUUUGAAACGAAAAAAAAUUCUGCUUUUAAAGAAAAAUUUGAUAAACUUUAUUUUAAACAAAAUUGGAAUCUUAUUAUUGAAAUAAUGAUAAAUGUUUGUAUGAAAGCAUUUGAUAAAAUUGAAAAAGAAAAUCGUAAAGAAUUAUUAUUCGAGAAAUGGACAAAAGUACAGGAAAAAUUAAAAAAACUUAAAUCAAUAAUGGAAAAUGGAAAAAAAAAUCAAUUAACAUUUACAUUUAUUGAUGGUAUUUUAACCAAUGCAAUCAAUAAUGGUGAAUGGAUUUUAUUGGAUGAAAUAAAUUUGGCUGAAAAUGAAACACUUCAAGGUUUACUAUCGUUUUUAGAAAAUGAUCAAACAUUAAUGUUAUUUGAAAAAUCAACUAAUCAAAUGAUUAAAGUUCAUAAAAAUUUUCGUCUUUUUGCUUGUAUGAAUCCGGCAACAGAUGUCGGUAAAAAAGAAUUACCAAUUAAAAUUCGUAAUAGAUUUACUGAAUUUUUUAUCGAUGAAUGUGAUGAUCGUUCACAAUUACGUAUAAUUGUUUGUACAUAUAUACAAAGUAUGGUCGAUCCAAAAACCAUUGAAUCAAUUGUUGAAUUUUAUUUUCAAUUAAAAUAUGAUUCAAAAACAUUGCUGAAAGAUAUGAAUGGUCAUCGUCCAAUAUUUAGUCUUCGUAAUCUUUGUCGUGCAUUACAGGUUAUAAAAUAUAAUCCAUUUCAAUCGAUAAAUCGUUCAAUUUAUGAAGCAUUUUCAUUAGCAUUUCUUUCAAAUCUUGAUCAACAAUCAUAUUUGAUUGUACAGAAAAUGAUUGAAAGGAUUAUUUUUCAUAAUAAAAACUUGAAAUUUUCGGAAUCAAUGAAAAAUAUGGAAAAAUUAUUUCCAUUAAAAAAUUUUGUCAUUAUUGAAAAUUAUCCAAUAAUUAAAGGUCCAAAUGAACCAUUUAUAGAUGAUAAUUAUAUCCUAACGGCAACUGUAUCGAAAAAUCUUCGUGAUGUUUGUCGAAUUAUUUCGGCUGGACGUACAUAUCCAAUAUUGUUACAAGGUGAAACAUCUGUUGGUAAAACAAGUCUUAUACAAUGGUUAGCACAAGCAACCGGUAAUAUUUGUCAUCGUGUUAAUAAUCAUGAACAUACUGAUCUUCAAGAAUAUAUUGGUAGUUAUUGUUCACAAACGAAUGGAAAAAUUAUAUUCAAAAAUGGUAUAUUGAUUGAAGCAAUGAAAAAUGGACAUUGGAUUAUUUUGGAUGAAUUAAAUCUAGCACCAACUGAAGUUUUAGAAGCAUUAAAUCGUGUUUUAGAUGAAAAUCGGGAAUGUUUCAUUGCGGAAACACAGGAAUUAAUUAAAGCACAUUCACGUUUUCUUUUGUUUGCAACACAAAAUCCUCCCGGGAAAUAUGCCGGUCGAAAAGUAUUAUCACGUGCAUUUCGUAAUCGUUUUAUUGAAUUAAAUUUUAAUGAAAUUCCUAUUGAAGAAUUGGAAAUUAUUUUACAUAAAAAAUGUAUGAUUCCAUUAUCAUAUUCAAAACGAAUGGUUUCAGUACUGACACAGCUACAAAAAUGUCGUUGUAAAUCGGAUAUAUUUGCUGGUAAACAUGGUUUUAUUACAUUACGUGAUCUGUUCAGGUGGGGAUAUCGUUAUAUGAAAUUUGCUGCAAAAUUAGAUGAAAAAAUUCGUUUUUUUGAUUGGAAUCAAUUUCUUGCCAAUCAAGGUUUUAUGCUACUGGCUGGAAGAGUACGUCAAAAAGAUGAUGUAAUUUUGAUUGAAGAAAUUCUUGAAAAAAUUUUCAAAUGUAAAAUAUCACAGGAAGAAUUAUUUUAUUCAAAUGAAAAAAAAUUUGAAUCAAAAACAGAUAUUUUCUCAAAUACUUUGGUAUGGACAAAUGCUUUCAAAAGACUUGGUACAUUAAUUAAAGAAGCUAUCGAAUUUGAAGAACCAAUUCUUUUGGUUGGUGAAACUGGUUGUGGUAAAACAACUAUUUGUCAAUAUUUUUCAUCAAUCAAUCAAAAAACAUUGAAAAUAAUCAAUUGUCAUAUGAAUACGGAAAGUUCAGAUUUUCUUGGUAGUUUAAGACCAAAUCGUAAUGCUUGCAUUGAACAAAAUGAAAUGCUUUUCGAAUGGAUUGAUGGUCCAUUAGUGAUGGCUAUGAAAAAUGGUGAUUAUUUUCUUGUCGAUGAAAUAUCAUUAGCCGAUGAUUCAGUUUUAGAACGUUUAAAUUCAGUUUUAGAAUUAGAAAGAACAAUAUUUUUAGCUGAAAAUAAUGAUUCGUUUGGUCGUAUAAAAGCAAACGAAACAUUUCGUUAUUUUGCAACAAUGAAUCCGGGUGGUGAUUUUGGUAAAAAAGAAUUAUCACCUGCUUUACGUGAUCGUUUUACUGAAAUUUGGUGUCCUGGUUUUGAAAAUAUGGAUGAUAUUUAUCAGAUUGCAUUUCAUAAUCUUGAAAUUAUUGAUGAUGAAAUUAAACAACAAAUAUCCUAUGGGAUUCGUAAUUUUAUUCAAUGGUUUGAACAACAAAUAGUACAAAAACAUUUUAUAAUUAGUGUUCGUGAUAUAUUAAGUUGGACAAAAUUUAUUGAUAAAACUUAUUCAAUCAAACCACAAAAACUUAGCCUAUAUGAUUCAUUUAUACAUGGUGCUUACCUGGUUUAUAUUGAUCCAUUUAUAAUUGGUAAUCAAUCAUUAUUGGCCAAUAAAAUUGAUGAAAUUAAAAUGAAAUGUCAAAAGUAUUUGGAAAAUUUAUGUGAAAAAUUUCGAAAUAUCCUUUCAGAAAGUGAGAAUAAUUCAUCAUUUUCGAAUGAAAAUCAAAUAUCAAUCGGACCAUUUUCAUUGCCAAAAUUGAAUCAACAAAAUUCACCUGAAAAUUAUUAUUGGCAAAGUAAUGGCGUCCAUAAUAAUUGUAUACGAUUAAUGCGUGCAUUACAAUUGGAUAAACCGAUUCUGUUGGAAGGAUCACCAGGUGUAGGGAAAACAUCAUUAAUACAAGCUUUAUCAUCAAUUUGUUGUGAUUCAUUAAUUCGGAUAAAUUUAUCCGAUCAAACUGAUAUUAGUGAUUUGUUUGGUUGUGAUCUACCUGUUGAAGGUGAAGGAAAUGCCGGAAAAUUUGAAUUUCGUGAUGGUCCAUUUUUAACGGCAUUAAAAAGUCAAAAAUCAACAUGGAUAUUAUUGGAUGAACUUAAUCUUGCAACACAAACUGUUUUAGAAGGUUUGAAUGCUUGUCUUGAUCAUCGUAGUGAAAUAUUUAUAUCCGAAUUAAAUAAAACAUUUUCAGUGAAUAAAAAACAGACAAGAAUUUUUGCAACACAAAAUCCAUAUUCAAUGGAUAGAAGUCGUAAACGUUUACCAAAAUCAUUUUUAAAUCGUUUCACUAUUGUUUAUAUUGAAGAUUUAACCGAUAAUGAUUAUUAUUUUAUAUUGAUAAAUAUGUUUCCAAAAAUUUCAACAAACAUUAUUCAACGAAUGAUUUCGGUUAAUCGUAAAAUUUGUGAACAAAUUCAAAAUUUUUCAAAAAAAGGUUCACCAUUUGAAUUUAAUCUUCGUGAUUUGAUUCGUUGGAUACAAUUGUUCGAUAAAUUCCAGGGAAAAUAUUCCAAUAUUGAACCGGAAUUAUUUUUCAAUCAAAUUUAUACAAAUAAAAUGCGAACCAUUGAAUGUAAGCAAAAAAUUCAACAAAUUUGUCAGGAAGAAUUUGUAAACUUCAAAUGUCAACAAACAACACCGACAAUGACUUAUCUAAAUAAUUCAUUAUUUCAAAUGGGAUCAAUCAUUUCAUCAAGAUUAGUUAACAAUAUUGAUAAUCGUAACAUACAUUAUUGUUUUCAUCAACAAUUUUCAAUUAUUGAAUCAAUAUUAAUUUGUAUUGAAAUGAAUUGGUUAUCAAUAUUGAUUGGUGAUUCAGGCAUUGGGAAAAGUCAUCUGAUUCAAUUGAUUGCCAAUAUUUGUGGUCAACAAUUAAAUAUUAUUCAUGCUAAUUCUGAAAUGGAUACUAUUGAUUUACUUGGUGGUUUUGAACAAAAAGAUUUCAAUGUUGAUAUUAAAAAUUUAGAAAAUGAAAUUGUUCGGUAUGGAUUCGGUGAAAUUGUUAAACAAAAUCAUCAAUUAUGGUCGAAAUUUUGGUCUUACAUUUAUCGUCUUUCAACCAAUAAUUUGUCGAAAUUUAAAUUGAAAACAAUGAAAAAAAUUUUAAAUUUAUUUGAAGAUCCACAGAUUUCAUCAGAAUUUCGAAAUCGAUUAGAAAAAUUGGAAACAAAAAUCAUUGAAAAUCAUAAUCAGGAUAAUGGUACAUUUGAAUGGAGAGAUUCAUCGCUUGUAAAAUCAAUACAAAAUGGUGAAUGGAUUGUUAUUGAAAAUGCUAAUCUUUUAAAUCCGGCUGUUUUGGAUCGUUUCAAUAGCCUGCUAGAACCUGAUGGAUGUUUAACUAUAAAUGAAAAAGGUUCGAUUGAUGGUCGAAUCACUGAAAUUCGACCACAUCAAAAUUUUCGUUUAUUUUUUACAAUGAAUCCAAAGUAUGGUGAAUUAUCACGUGCUAUGCGUAAUAGAGGAAUUGAAAUUGUAAUGUUGAAUGAAAAUGAAGAUCAAUUGAAUUCAUCAAUGGAAGAAUAUCGAAAAAUUCUUCAAGAAUAUGGAAUUCCGGAUCAACAGGAAAUUGAACAAAUGAAUCGACGA